AUGUCAUUCUCGGAUCUUGGGGUCUCCAAAUGGCUCUGCGAAGCCCUUGAUGCCAUGAAGAUCCACACGCCGACUGCAAUCCAAGCAGCUUGUAUCCCCGAAAUAUUGAAAGGAAAAGAUUGUAUUGGUGGAGCUAAAACUGGUUCGGGUAAAACCAUAGCCUUUGCAGGGCCAAUGCUUUCUAAAUGGUCGGAAGACCCAAUGGGCAUCUUUGGUGUUGUUUUGACUCCAACACGUGAGUUGGCGAUGCAAAUUGCUGAGCAGUUUGCAGCCUUGGGUGCAAAUAUGAACAUUCGUUUGGCUGUAGUUGUGGGGGGUGAAGAUAUAGUCAAGCAGGCUUUGGAGCUUCAAAGAAGGCCGCAUUUUGUUAUAGCCACUCCAGGGCGUUUGGCUGAUCAUAUCUUGAAUUCAGGUGAAGAAACGAUAAAGGGACUUCGCAGCGUCAAGUACUUAGUGCUUGACGAAGCUGAUAGGGUGCUCAGUAACUCCUUUAGCAAAGACCUUCUGCGGUGCUUGGAGGUGAUGCCUCAGGCUCUGAAGCGGCAGACGCUUCUUUUUACUGCUACUGUCACCGAUGCUGUCAGAGCGCUCAAGGAAAAGCCUCCAGCAAAGGGCAAACCGCCUGUAUUCAUGCACGAGGUGGACUCUGUGGAUAAGGUGGCUAUUCCCGCAUCUUUGCUGUUAUUUUAUGUGUUUACACCCUCUUACGUCAAGGAAGCUUAUCUUCACACGGUGUUGCUGCUUGACAAGUAUAAAGACGUGAAUGUCAUAAUAUUCGUGAACAGAACACAUACCGCAGAGCUUCUAAGGCGGACACUCCGGAAAAUGGAAUUUAGAGUCGCUUCACUACACUCUCAAAUGCCACAGCUGGAAAGAACAAGCUCUUUGCAUAGAUUCAAGGCUCAGGCCGCAAGAAUCCUUAUAGCUACUGAUGUGGCUUCCAGAGGUCUAGAUAUCCCCACUGUGGAGCUUGUGGUGAACUACGAUCUCCCUGCUGAUCCAGAUGAUUUCAUUCACAGAGUUGGUAGAACUGCUCGAGCUGGGCGUAAAGGUGAUGCAGUUUCCAUUGUCGGUGAGCGGGAUGUUGAACGUAUUUUGGCGAUCGAAGAAAGAGCCAACAAAAAGCAUGAGUUAUUGGAGGAAGCGAACGAUGACGCUGUGAUAGAAAAGUCGUUGAAGAGCAUGAGUACAGCCAAGAGAGAAGCGCUCAUGGACAUGGAAAGGGAGAAUUUUGGGGAGAAGAGGGAAAUCAAUAAGCGGAAGCACGAAGAUUCAUCUCUGUUGAAUAAGAGAAAGAAGACAAAGGAGAAAAGAGGCUGA